AUGACCAUGAUCCACCCCAAGAGGCUUGCUCAGUUUGUGAGGAAGUGCCAAAGGGUCAAGGCAACAUCCAGAGAUGACGAAGCAUGCUGCACAUCAUCGCCGGUCGCAGAUAAAGGCCACUGCAUCAUGUACACGACUGAUGGGAGGCGAUUCGAGGUCCCCUUGGCGUACCUCGGCAAGACAAUCUUCGGCGAGCUACUAAGGAUGUCCAAGGAAGAGUUUGGGUUCACAUGCCACGGCCGGAUCAUGCUUCCCUUCAAUGCAGUGGUGAUGGAGUAUGUCAUGUGCUUGCUCAGGAGAAAUGCUUCAGGGAAGUAG